AUGCGAAUCUCCCCCCACCUUCUGCGUACAUACCACUGCAUACAUACAUACAGUACAUACAUGCAGACUUGCGGCGACACAGUCCCAGUCGCUCCUCGUACAAGUACAAUACCCCCUUCCUCUGCCGACGAGGCACCGACGCCGUCCCGCAGCGUGCACAAAUAUUAA